AUGAAUACAGGCACCACUGAUGAUGCAGAUAAGACUCUUCAGAGCAUAGAGGCAGCGAAAAUCUUGGCGGAUGCGGAGUGGAGGAAGUUGGGAUCUCGAGUCGGGCUCAUGGAUGAUCGAAAUGUGGUUGCCAAACUUUACAGCAUCUGGCUCUCACAGUUGACUGGGAAACGCGAAGGUGUACUUCAACGCAAACGGUUACUUUCGCGCAUUUUAGAGCUGGGACAUGAUUUUAAUGCUUGUAGUCGAAAGCUGGAACAACUUAUUAAUGCGGCCUGCUGUCCUGAUGGAGCUAAAUCCUCAAGGGAUUACCUAAAAAAACUGGAAACCAUCAAUUCUGAAGUGAUGCGCCUAAGGAACACUGUUCCUGCCCAGGAGGAAGUCAUGGAGGCCCUUAGCAACGAUGUGAAGACCGUUUUCAACGCUGAGACACCCACAGAUUUGAGCAAGGUGCAGCAAGUGUGGAGCAGCUAUGUGCAAGAAUUAUGCAAAUUCGAAUCAAUCCUACCGACACUGAUGCAGAACUCCCAACUCCUUGCGGCAGCUCACGGAUUCACGAACAGUUUACAGUCGAAAUUCGAUGGCAUUAUACAAGACUCAGAAUCUCUUAAAGAAGUCCAGCAAGAGGCGGCUCGAUUACAGAAGGAUAUAGAACACCACCUGAAUUCUAUUGAAAACCCGCUUGGUCCUAUACUCAACAAGGCGUCUGUCGAAGGACUUCAGUCGGCCUUGGGUACACUACAAGAAGUCGGUGAGGAGGUAGAGAUAAUGACAACUAAUCUGAACAACUGCAUGAAACCAAAUGGAUCGCCAAACUCGGAUUGUUCACCACCUCUACACCACCAUGGCCUCUAUAAUGAUCAUCAAGAAUAUGGAAAUAGUAGGGACUCUCAGCAGUCUUCUUGGGAAUUGCGUGCCAAUACGUUGGGAUAUGAGAAUGAUGCAUCUUUCACCGAAGCCACACUACACGUUAGACCCAAAUUAAAGCGCGGCCUUACCGAUUUAAGCGCAAUCGUUGAUGGCAAUAAAUGCACAGUUACCGGAAAAGAGGUUGCAUUUUUCUUGGAAUAUGGUGGAUUCGAUAAGAUACCCUCUCAAGUUGUCUGGUUGCACAAUGGUAGACCGAUUGACCCAACAAAAUGGACUGUUUCCAUCAGUCUGCUAACGACGCGAAUCAAGUCGGACUGUCUGAAAUCGGUCGACGAGGGCCAGUACACUUGUCAGGUUAUCGACGAUGAACUUGAUGUCAAGUUAGAAUCAUCAGCGAUCCUUAGGCUACAGAAUGCUCUCGAUGUUCCCCAACCAGCCUCCCGCGUCUCCUCUCGGACUGGCACCCCGCCAGGAAAUGAAAAGUCCUUGUGGAUAACAAGGGCCUUGGAUAGCUCUCCACUCUUACUCAAGUGUCCACUUCCAAGCAUUGCCUUUGAGGCAUACACUGGGGCCCGUCGUGUUCGUAUGCAGUGGUUUCGUGAUGGAAUUCAACUCUACGACUCCGACUGGCAGACACCGGACUACUUCACCGGCAGCCAAGGGGUAUCGUUUGUCGAUGGAAACACUUUCUGGAGUGUGAGCGUGUGUGAAGGCCGAGCAGUGCUGCUUAAUACUAACCGUGUCCGUUCGGUUGACGCUGGUCGUUAUUCGUGUCGCAUGAUCAUUGAUAAUGACGCCUACGAGUCAUCAGGCAAGGAGUCCAUUUCCCGGCACAGCUUCAUUUUUCUCUAA